UCGGCAACCCCCGUCGAAGGCCUCCCUUCUCACCGGAAACAGACAAUAAUGGGAGCAGAAGGCCAACUCCACGACAACAGAGAAGCCGAGAACCCACCUUCAAUGACCAUGGCCCAAUUCCUCGCCUGGAAACGCCAAAAGGAUGACGAGGCGUCUGCCAGAAGAGCUGAAGCGGCGAGGAAAAGGGCAGAGGACAUAGCUGCUGGGACAGUGCAGAUGAAUGGUCGAGAGCUUUUCGCUCAUGAGCCUUGGGUUUUUGACAACACUCUUUAUUGAGCAUUAUAAGAGUAGCAAGCGCAAAACCAUUAUGUUGAAUCUGUGAGGUCAAGUAUGGUACCCUGAUGAAGUCGGCAAGCUAUAAGCAGCAUUGAACUGUUGGGGAUCCAGAGUUUCUUGCUGUUGGUGGAUCAUUGUUGGUCCUUGAUUUACAAAUGCUCCUGUCAUGUUAUGCUAAUAGCAAAUGAAUUUCGUAUUUUUCAAACUGCAUGUUAAUGCAACUGAUAUUGAU